AUGAAGUUUGUCAGCGCUUUCAUCGCUACUAUAAUUGCGGCACGCACCUUGGGCCUCGACAUCCCGGAGUGCGCGACACGAUGUUUUGAAGUUGCAGAAUCCAAUCUUGGAUGCAAUGUUCCAAUUCAGUACAGCUGUCUUUGUGUACUUUCGCCCGUUAGCAAUGAUUUUCACCAUUUGAACGUCGAGACGCAUCAAAUGACAAGGAAGGUGAGGCACUUUUGGGAUAACAAGUCAUUUUUUGGCGUCUUUGUUAAAAUUUCGAUUCUAUGGGCUGGCAUGGCUAAGAAAAAUCAAUCCCGCAUCGCAGCGGUCCAUCCCCACGCAGCUAAGCAACGCCGGACCUGGCCAAAGGUAGUUAGCAACGCUUUCGUUUUCGCGUUCUGCUGCUUGAGUAUGAGUCUUGUGGCGGUUAUGGUUUGGUCACUUAUCAGAUUCUGGAGGACAGUUUUAAAUAUUCGGCCCCGAAACCAGGCUGCUACCGCGAACCCAAAUUACGUUGGCAAACGAGCAGUACAAAGGGAGGACAUCGAGGGUUUAUCUGAUCUUGGAUGUCACAGGGAAGGAUUUGCGCAGGUUAUCUCCCACCAGCAUGCUGAUGUUUCGCUGCAGAAAACGGUUUCGAAGGCUUUUGCCCUUGCAAGCACUGCGGGUCCAGUUACGACUCGGCUAUGCAAGAUCACGAGUAACCAAAACUGGCUGGGCCAGGGUCAUUGGCCCGGGACGAAAGGGGAUGCAUCCAUAUUUGCCUGCUCGCAAUCCACAAUGACAUUAGCUGGGGGAUUUGACUGGAAUAUAAAAUAUCGUUGA